AUUGUCCUGCAUCUGACUUUCUAAGGCAUUGAUCGUUUCUUUUCCAGUUUGUCACUGAAUUGAGGCUAUGUCCCUGAGAACACCACUGCAGUUAUGCUGGCCUGUGCAUGUCCCAGCCUCCGUCUGACUCAUCCCAACCAAAUGUGUUGGUGCCAGGAGGGGAGGAAGGAAAAUGGUGGCUCUCCUACAUUGGGAGUCUAGAGGCUCAGCUGAGACCAGAGUCCUGUUGUGUUAAGUGCUAUACGUGCACAUAUCAAGUGGUGUUACUGUCCAAAAGCGCUUAUCAUCUCAAUGGACAAGACAGUCAAAGGUGUUCUUUGCCUGCCAGAAAGUCUCAACCUUCACAAAGACCAACAAAGGUCUAAUAAACCUGGCGAAGUUCAGAUGUUUAGCCAGUCCGAAUUAAGGACCAUAGAGCAAUCCUUGCUUGCUACACGGGUGGGAAGCAUCGCCGAACUCAGUGAUCUGGUGUCUAGAGCAAUGCAUCACCUCCAGCCACUCAACUCAAAGCAACAUGCCAACGGCACGCCAAUGCACCACAAGCAGGGAUCACUAUACUGGGAGCCUGAGGCUUUGUACACGCUCUGUUAUUUUAUGCAUUGUCCACAGAUGGAAUGGGAAAACCCUAAUGUGGAGCCUUCAAAAGUUACACUGCAGAUUGAAAGGCCAUUCAUAGUGCUGCCACCCCUGAUGCAAUGGAUAAGAGUUGCUGUGGCUCAUGCCGGGCACCGUCGCAGUUUCUCUGUGGACAGUGAUGAUGUACGGCAAGCAGCAAGGCUUUUACUGCCUGGAGUUGACUGUGAACCUCGACAGUUGAAAAUUGACGACUGCUUCUGUGCUUCUCGAAAACUGGACGCCGUAGCCACAGAAGCUAAAUUCAAGCAGGAUCUGGGAUUCCGAAUGCUGAACUGUGGGCGAACAGAUCUAGUUAAGCAGGCCAUCUCUUUGCUGGGGCCAGAUGGAAUUAACAGCAUGAGUGAACAGGGCAUGACUCCACUGAUGUAUGCUUGUGUCAGAGGUGAUGAGGCAAUGGUGCAGAUGCUACUAGAUGCUGGAGCAGAUUUGAAUGCUGAGGUUGUCAGUACUGCUCAUAAAUAUCCAUCCGUCCACCCCGAGACCCGCCAUUGGACAGCUCUGACAUUUGCUGUGUUGCAUGGACAUAUUCCUGUAGUUCAGCUGUUGCUGGAUGCUGGAGCAAAGGUAGAAGGUUCUUUAGAGCACGGCGAGGAAAAUUACUCGGAAACUCCUUUGCAACUAGCAGCAGCUGCUGGAAAUUUUGAACUGGUGAGUUUGUUGUUGGAGCGAGGUGCUGACCCCAUGGUAGGAACAAUGUACCGAAAUGGAAUUUCCAUGACGCCACAAGGUGACAUGAACUCUUUCAGUCAGGCUGCGGCACAUGGACACAGGAAUGUGUUUCGUAAGCUGCUUGCUCAGCCAGAGAAAGAGAAGAGUGAUAUUCUGUCCCUGGAGGAAAUACUGGCUGAAGGAACUGACUUGGCAGAUGCUGCACCAGCUCCUUUGUGUGCCAGCCGCAACAGCAAGGCCAAACUGAAAGCACUGAAAGAAGCCAUGUACCACAGUGCAGAGCAUGGAUAUGUGGAUGUCACCAUUGACAUAAGGAGCAUAGGGGUUCCCUGGACACUACACACAUGGUUGGAGUCUUUGCGAACUUCCUUUCAGCAGCACAGAAGGCCUCUCAUCCAGUGCUUGUUGAAGGAAUUUAAAUCUAUUCAGGAGGAAGAGUACACUGAGGAGCUCAUCACACAAGGAUUGCCUUUGAUGUUCGAGAUACUGAAAGCAAGUAAGAAUGAAGUGAUAAGUCAGCAACUGUCUGUCAUUUUCACUCAUUGCUAUGGACCCUAUCCUAUUCCAAAGCUUGUUGAAAUCAAACGAAAGCAGACCUCUCGUUUAGAUCCCCAUUUUCUUAACAAUAAAGAGAUGUCUGAUGUUACAUUUCUUGUCGAAGGAAGACCAUUUUAUGCACAUCGAGUGUUACUAUUUACUGCAUCCCCACGGUUUAAAGCACUGCUAUCUAGCAAACCCUCAGCUGAGAGCACUUGUAUUGAGAUCAGCUAUGUGAAGUACCCCAUAUUUCAGCUGGUUAUGCAGUAUCUUUACUAUGGUGGUGCAGAAUCACUUCUGAUUAAGAAUAAUGAAAUAAUGGAGCUUCUCUCUGCUGCUAAAUUUUUUCAGCUUGAAGCUUUGCAACGACACUGUGAGAUCAUCUGUGCUAAAAGUAUAAACACAGAAAACUGUGUGGAUAUUUAUAAUCAUGCCAAGUUUCUCGGAGUCACAGAACUGUCCUCCUAUUGUGAAGGCUACUUUCUAAAAAAUAUGAUGGUCCUCAUUGAAAAUGAAGCAUUCAAACAACUGUUGUAUGACAAGAACGGAGACCCAUCUGGUCAGAAUGUUCUACAAGACUUACAGAGGACGUUGGCAACACGAAUUCAUUCAAUUCAUUUGUCUUCUUCAAAGGGCUCCGUUGUAUAAAGUUCAGGAAGGAGAUCACACUCAGAAAAGACCCUGUGAGUUAAGACUCCUGUUGCAGUUGCUUAAAUGAACACACAAAAUUCAACUUCACAUUGGAAUAUUUUUUUGUUGGCCAAAGGUGCUGCUUUUAGGCUGCAGCUUCACUUAGAUGAUGAAAUACAGUACAUAUGGCUCCAACACAUUUUUGAGAAGCAAGGAUCUAGCACUGCUCUGUGAAUUACAAUUAUGUUAAGUUCUGAAUGCAAAAGUGUGGUCAAGGAGCUAAUGCCAACAAAAGCCAGAACUCCCCAAUGAACAGCAGAAGCCUCUGCUUGAUCACAGAUGCCAUGGACCACUUAAACUGACAAAUGGGUUAUUUAAGGUUAUUUUGCUCCACCGUGUUAUACAUUUAAGAACUGUACUGUACCUAUCCCAGAGUCCAUUUUAUUGUGCAUAUAAGAAGUGUAAGAUUUGUUAGUUACUGUUUCACAAAGGUCAACUGUGUUAGAAAGUUCGUAAGACUGUUACAAAUGAGGAAAUAUACUGGCAAAUUUUUAGGGGUGGGAACUUUUUUAAAUUGUUCAUAAAAAUGGGGUGGCCUUGUAGUUUAAAAUCUAUUUCUUAAGCUUAAAAAUUCAUUUUUGACAGAGUUGUGUUUGAGAAUCUAUGUAACAUGUUUUGUUUUUUAAAGGUACACUGUAAAUACUGUAUACAUAUGAUCAGGUUUUGCUUGUAUUCUUUCCUGGGGUGGUAUAAUCUUGCCUAAAUGGCUAUGGUUACACCAAAGAGGUACAAUACCACGACAAUACCUAAUACAGUAGUUGGGAAAUAAAAACCUGCAUGCUAACUGUGUUUUGGAGUUAAAGACCAUAACAAACUCAACAGGCAUUUGCAUGGUAAUUGUACCUGUGAAAUGUUAUGUUUGUGCUUUGUUUUGCCAAGACAAAUGCAAUGUUACUUCUUGUCAAACUCCAUUUGUAAAACUAGCAUAUUUACUUUUUUUUUGUUGGUGGUGUAAAUGGUAGUGAGAUAAUUCCCACAGAGACUUGUUAGAAGAUGCUGAUAUCCAUGGAAGAGUUAAUAUCAGUAUUUAUUCUAGUACCGUGUCAAUACUUCGCCACUGGCCAGAAAUUGUGACUAAGUUAGAAUUUUUUAAAUUAUUAUUAAAUCUGUAGAAUUUCUUAUUAUACCCUGUACAUUCUCAGGGUAUCUAUGAUGGAAGUGUCCAAUGGCAGGGCUCAAUUUAUUUUGCAGCAUUCAGUUAGCAAGAGAUAUCUGUUAAGUGCCACAAUUUUCUUGACACCUUGUAUUCAAUGAUACCUUUCAUGAAUCAGUUGAUGUUUAAAACAUAGGUAAGACCUCAGUAAAGAGUAGGAAAAAGGCGCUACCUUUUCAGUGGCAAAAAUUACAUGUAUUUCUUUUCUAGCAUGCUUUUUUAAAAUUGUGCCUAGUUCACAGGUUUUUAGAAGCUUUAAUUUAACAGUGCAUGGUAACUUCUUGGUCUUUUGUUAGAGUAUUUUUGUCAGGUGCUAUUUCAUGUUUAUAGCUUUUGGAAUGCUCAGAAAACAUGGUCUUUGCAUUAGUUAUGAACAUGAUAGGAAGCUGUUUUAUUGUUCUGAUCUGUAAAUCCUCCUGUAUGCUUGAUCAUUUUAAAGCCUAUACAGUAUCUGCAACAAAUUACAAAAUUGUCUAAGCUACCAUUGUCUCAGAGACACAGCAUGUCAACUAACAAUGAAUUAUCAGACAAUUUGUGUCUGCAUAGGAUAUGCCAUAUAAGAUAUUGUCUAGAACAUUUAGCUACUGGCGACUUACUUUUCUGUGAAUGUUGCAAUAUUAGAGAAGCAAGAACCUCAUAAAAGCAAUUGCAACUCGUGGCGAGGGUGUACUUAUAUUAUAGUUUUGGUGUGCUUCCCCACUCAUUGAUACCCACUCUUCCUUAUUGGUAACAAUUUACAUAAUAAAAACAACUCUCACCCAGCAGUUUAAUGUUAACUUCUUUUAAAUAUAAAAUCAUAAAGCUCCAGAUUUUCACCCAGUAAUCAAGUGGGCCAAAUUCUAUCCUCAGGUACACACACAGCUCCCACUAAAGUCAUCAGACAUUGCAGACUCAUACCCAGAAGCGGAAUUUUUCUCUGUGGGAAAUAAAAACACAGCUGUAAAUUCAUCUGGACAGUUUGGUGUUUAACAGGAUGAUAAUCACUGCUUAUGAAGCAGUGGCUUUGGUGCAUACAUUAAUAGUGGCCCAGGGCAUUGGUAAUGGGCUAUAUCCCUGUGUUACUCAUUGGAAUGUUGAUGUAGACUGAGGUUACCAACACAGAAAACCACCACAGAGGUGUAACUUUCUUUGGCAGCAUCAGCAACAACAAUUAAAGACGGGGGAAGAGAGACUUCAAUCCUGUCUCAUCCUGAAAACUAACCACUGUAGGAUAGGACUGAGACACAUAGGAUGGUAAGGUUGAAGUGCCCCUAACUUUACAGCAUCUGUUCUGCUACUAAACCAACCAGAUCAGAAUUGCUAUCUUUCUAUUUCAGUAGAGGCCUUUGGUGGUGAAUUUCAUCCAAAAAACCUCUUAGAAUGUAAACAUGAUCCCUACGAAACAAGGCCAUUCCAUACAGCGAUCAUCUAGUGGUGCAUUUCUGUCCUUUAGAAACAAUGCUAUUAUUUCAGCACCUCUGUUCAUUAAUCUCAGUACUGAUUCAUCCAUUUGGGGGAAGAAUUCCCCCUAAGCUCCCACCCCAAGGAAUUUCAGACAGUUGGGUGAACUAGUAACUCUUUUAAAAUCCCUUAGAAAAAAAGUGUAAUUUUUUUUUCAAUCCUAACUUGCACUCCCCUUCCCUCUGCAAAGUUACCUAGGACUUUUCCCUCCCUACCUAGGCUUUUAAAAGAUUGCCUGUCCCUGUGUUAUCUGGGCACCUACAGACACUUUGACCCUUCUUAGUUGUAAGUCCUGCAUUCUUUUCUAGAAGAGACCCAAUCUUCAUUUAGCUCCCUUAAUUUUUCCCACAAUCCCCAGAACAAACCCACCUUGGCUAACCUAUGGCAGUUCCUGCAUUCUCCCUACCAGCCUCCCUGUUCUAGAACCAUGUUGGUUCUCUCCCUGAUCCUGGCAGAUAUUAUCUCAAGUAACCCAGCUCUCCCCUAUGGGUCAUUGCCUAAUGGUUAGCUUGAGAACUGGCUGAGGGAGGUGGGUGGGGUAGAAACAUAUGAUAAAGUUUUGGAGCUUCAGGGAGCAAGGUUUGUUCUCUUCCCAGGGAAAGCUCCUGAACCGCCUCCCCAUAACUCAAAUCCUCCCUUCUGCACAGACCGGAGACCAUUCCUCACCCCUUUCCUUUCUUUAGAAACAGAUAGCUGCCAAAUGUUUUUUACGCUAGAAAAUGGCCAAUUUCCUAAGGGAGCCUUUCUCCAUGCUAACCUUUUCCAUGCAAGUUCUUGGCUUACAAGUGAAUUGAUGGUGCAAAGUAUAGAAAUGUGUAUUUCCCAAGUGGUGCAUGGGGAAUUACAGCUGCUCUGCUAAGUUUCCACGUGCCCACUUUGUAAACUGAUGCUGUGUGUGUAGAAAAUCCACUGAUUAUUGUCUUCAUACUGAAAAUUGUACCAGUCCCUUUUGGAUGCAUUACAGUGUGAGGUGUGAUAGGGCGCCUUUCAGGAACCUUCAGCUCUGUGCCAACAGGUAUUGUAGUUUGACCUUUGAAGUUUUGGUGGUUUUUUUUCAGUGAUCUCCGCUCCCAGUGAAAUGAGCGACAUAUAAAUGGGGCAAUAGUGAGAGAGACAGCUGGGCUUUUCUUCAACACCAGAAAUUAAAUGGCAAGGUCCAGUUUUAUGUGUAAUACCAAACAAAGUUAAUUGGGAUUUAUCCGUCAAUUUGUAAUUGACUUACGUACAGCUGCCAUUAACGUUAACACACCUAAGUUUAUAUACAAUAUUGAGAUUCAAGCUAGGGUUGAGCUGUGCUAGACCAAAAAAAACCCCCAAACGCUAUUUCCUUGUAUUAUUGACCACAGGUCAAAUGCUGAGGUGUGCACAGUAUCUGCAGCUUUCACUAAAAUCAAUGAAAGUUGUAGCUCUCAGGAGUCAGCUCUGUAUUAAUAAUAAUUCUUUCAUAGGACCAGAUCCUGACAUCCGUACUUGUCAAAGCAGGCACUGAAGUCAGUCCAUGUUCUGCAUGAAUAAAAGUGCAGUAAAAGCUGAAUAAGGACUUUGGGCCUUGGCCCCUAGUGUCUUUUAGCUGUGAAUCUCAAAAUGCUUUACAAAUAUUUAUGGCCUGACAAUGUUGUUCUUAUGCUGCUUAAUAUCUUAUCCCAGAAAUAGUCCCAUUGAAAUUAAUAGGUCCAAGGAUGGAUGGAGUGUGGUAUUAAUCUAGGAAAGGGAGGGUGUCUGGAUCUAGCCUAUAAUAAACAUCACCACAUCUCUGCAAGGCAGAUAGUUAUAUCCAUCUGACAUACUGGUGACUGGAGACAUAAGCAGCUUAAGCAAUUUGUCCAACUCAGUGUGAACUCUCGAGUUCUGCUGACAUUAUAUGUUGUAAUAAUUCGUCUGGAGCUGUAUUGUCAUUUCAAAAGGCAUACACACCUCCCGUUGACUGGACAGUUUAGCUUUAGCAAACAUUCACUUUUCUCUGCCCGUGUGAAUGUCUGCACUGCAUCACAGAGAGUGACUUUGUCUAAACACCUUUGGCUGGUGGCUGAUCUUGGACAUUCAACUUCCCAGCGUUUCUGCUGCUGUGUUUUCAUUAAAACUUCUCUUACCUUGCCCACUCUUUGUGGUUACAGAUUAUUUUUUCUUAUCAGAUUUCCAAAGCAAACAAAGGAAAAAAAUAUUCAAAAAUAAACAAUUUAUGUUUAACAAUAGAUCACAUUAGAAAGCGGGGACGCUUAGCCAUACAAAGAUGUGACCUUUAACAGUCACAUCAGAACAUAGCUUAUUCUUUAACUCAGGGGUGGUCAACCCAUUAAAUGAAGAGAGCCAAAACAGCAGCGGGAAAAAAUGUGAAGAGCUGCACCGGAAUUGUUGAGAAAGGAGGAGGGAAAAAAAGAAAAGGAAGAGCUCCCCACCAGCCAGAGUUGAGGAAAGAAAGGAGGGGAAAAAAUGGAUGCUGCCCCCUUUAAAAACCGUGGGCUUAGGCUUUUUGGCCACAUCAGGCUCCCGUCAGCCACCACCAUCAUGUUGACGCCAUUUUGCUAUGCUGGACGGCUCCCCUGCACCCAGUGAGCUGGUGGCCAGGGGCCGUUUGUAGGGGUGCAUGGGGCAGCUUCGCGAGCCGCACUUUCAGGGGUGAAGAGCCACGGGUUGGCCACCCCUGUUUGAAAUGGUCAACUUAAAACACAAUAUCAUCAGGGAUGCAGCCAUAACACCCCAGCCAUGCCAGCAGAGAUUGCUUAAUGAUCUAAAGUUCAAAAUAACUAGAGUCCUUCAAGCCACAUUAUCAAAUCCCUGCACCACUGACCGACCCUUUCAUCAUCCUGAUGUGGAUAAAUUCAAUAUGAUCUAGUUUACUGUUGCGGGGAAGAUAGGUGUCAUUCAGGUGAGACCUUAUAAAGUCUAGUCCUCUCUGCCCUGCGUAGACUUUACACAGCACAUAGCACUUCAAGUGCAGAGAUUUGCCCCAUUAUCAUUGAUUGAAAGUUGCCCUUUCCCUCGUUGUUGUGCAGUGAACUGUGCGCUAGUUGGAUGCUGCCCUGGGCUCCAGUGGUGGCUGGUUUGCAGUGGUGCUGUGUAGGGUCCCUAAUUCAUGAAGCACUUUGAGAUCCUUCAACAUGAACAGUGUUGCAAUAAAGUAAAAUGAUUCUGCUUAUCAGAGAGCCCAAUCUAAGUAGGGUCAAGGCUGGCAAGACCUCCAAUAAAUCAUGUGCUUCAGAAAGCAGUGUUGGUGAAUCAGUAGGUGUGUGUUCCCCUCUGAGUCCCUGAACCCUGGUGUUUGGGGGCACUGUGCUAUGGGUGAUGUCAUCUUUCAGAUGAGACAUAAAGAUGAGGUCCCAACCCUUUGUGCUCAUUAAAGAACUGAUGGCACAUUACACAAGAGUAGGUUAGAGUUGUCAGCCUCAGGGUCGUGGCCAAACUCCAAUUUAGUAAUUAUGUUGUACCUACCAAAAUUCCUUUUGUGUAUUUUCGCUUUUGGUCCUAAAUUUCUCUGAACCAUUGCAGUGUGCUAUUGUAAGCACCUGCUUUACACUCUAGCCUUUUGCUUGUAUGGCAUUGGUAGAUGAAGAAAUUUGUGUGUGAGAGAAAAUUAUGCAUAUAAUAAACUCAAACUCACACCCUAUGGUGCACUAGUGCAACUACAAAGCAGCAAAGUAUGAUACUCUUUUAGGGCUCUUUUCAGCACUGUGUGAGUGGCCUGGCUAAUGUGUGUCCUGGUAAUUUACGGCCCUAAGGUGGUGUGGUCAGGACCUCAUUCUCUCAUGUAUAAAGUGUCCUGCAUCACACAGUAAAGAGGGCUGGAUCCUGUUCUUUUUAAAAAGCAGUACGGUGUGCUGAAAAGAGUUCUCACAGCCUCUUUGCUCUAAUGGUAUGGUUACAGGACCAUCUUUCAUUCCAGCUCGUCCACAAACCUUCCACCUGCACACAGUGAACCUAUUCAGAGGAGGAGUUUGAAUCUGUAAAGCAUUUUAGGGCCCUCUGGGACAAAAGGCGCUUUAUAAAAAAUCAGAUAUUCUGUAUCUAAACAGCUCAUGUUCUGCUUCUUUUGUUUUUUGUGUGUGAAAUUUUUUAAAAUUUGUGCAUGUGUGAGAGCAAUAGCUGGACGAUAAAUCAAUCUACUGUAUAGCUUAUGAGAUGUAAAAUCAUGUCUGUAAAUGAAAUCUUUUGUUAAUGUCAGUCAGCCUUCCCAGGUGCUAAGAGUUCAGCAAUAGGCAGUAGUGAGGAUUAGGUAAACCUCCAGCUCCAUGUGCCCAAAAGGGCUUAUCUUUGUACAUAGGUUAGGAUUUUUUAAUGUUUGAUAUAAGAUCAUUGGAAGUAGUUUUGUAAGUUAAAUAAGGGAGAAGUGGAUAUUCCAGAAAAAAAUAUCAAUUCAAAUUAUAGUGUGGAGCCAUUCAUAAAACAAACUAAAAGACUAGGAGCAAUACCUGUUGAAUUCAAGAGGAUUGGGCCCCAAUCAGACAUUAAACAAUUUGCCAUGAAUCUGAAGUGUAGAUCCUUUUGCACCUAAGCAGAAAAGUGAAACCAUGGGGUACCAGAAUCUAUGUGCUUACGUAGGGAAAAAUACCUCCCCAUCUUCAUCUCAAAGGCCUGUCUUUGUGAUUAUUUACCUCAGAAAAUAACAGAUGAAAGCAUCCCAGUGCCAAGGCUUUGGUGACACAGAAGAGCUAACACGUACAGGAGACUUGCUUCCUUCCUUCCUUCAUCCUUGCCCAUGUCUAUUAGUUACCUCUUUCAGGUAUCAAUAAAACCCUUAAGUUGCAUUCAUAAAGUUAUUAGGGAAAACAAAAAAGAGAGAGAAUACCUGAUGGAAAAAAUUGCUUACAAGAAUAAAACAAAACUGUAGCAUGAGAACUGCUGAUUGCUGCAUAUUUUGUAAACCCUUCCUGCUGUUACCUUGUAAUACUAAUGAUAGUUUGAUUACUUUUUGGAACUUUAGUUAUUACAGUUAUUACUGUAUCAAGCACAGGAAGCUCUCAUAUGACAUCUCUCAAGGAGGUUUCUAUGGAAAAGGUUUCUUUAUUGGGACACAAACUAAAAAUUGCACAACCAGGUAAUACUAUCCAGAGUACAAGGAGGUGAUGUCCUACUUUAUGCAGCCAUCAUUUAAAUUCUGAAUUUUGGGUUUAUAUAAGUGUUCUAGUUAUUUUAAAAUGAACAGUGUAACUGGAACAUUUGUUUGCCUUUCUCAUUUUCCAUUUAAGAUUGUAUAAACUGCACAAUAGUAGAAGCCAUUGUACAAAAAAAUAGAGGAAUUAUGGACAAUUUGAAAAGUUAAGCAAGAGUUAAGACCAAUGAGUAAAAUUUUUGAUAGGACCAUCUGAUGGCUCUUUAUGUAUUCAGUCAUGUAAUGAGACCCUUAGCACAUUAUCAUUGCUAAAAUAUCUUAGGGAAAUUUUUGAAAACAAGUUCAUUGAGUGCACCUUAGAAUAUUUUAACCUUUGGUCGCUGAUGUUAAAUCUUUUAAAAUCUUCAGAGAGAUUAGGAUUCAUGCCUUGCCAAAUGCCAUUUUGUAAACCCAAUGUCAACAUUGUAUAAAUACAAAACAGUAUUUUAAACCAGUCAAGAUUUUUUUUCUUUAAUCUGGUUAGCCAGAUCUUCUUUUCAAGUGUAAAAUAAUUUUAGUUUGAGACUAUGUAUGCAAAGCUUCUGAGUGAAUUCUUAUAACCAAGUUACAAAAUGGGGGAAGCUGGGUUUAAAGAGAGAUUUAUCUGCAAUAGAGCAAAAAUUACACUUUUAGGAUUUGUCUAUACUAAUCCCUGCCAUCAAUGUACUUAUUGUGGCACCUUCUGUGCAUUAAGGUUGGCGGGGGCUCCUCUCACAUUGACGCUGGCUACUCUUCUUCACCAGGACAAGUACCAGAGUCGAUAGGAGAGCACUCGGAGAUUGAUUUAUCAUGUCUAAGCAGAUGUGAUAAAUUAACAGCUGGUGGAUUGAUCUCUCUGGUGUUGAUCUGCAGCAUAAUAGAGACAAGCCCUUAUUUUAGAGCCAGAGCUAACUCCCACUUAUAUCAAUGGGAAUCUUCCAUUGACUUCAGUGGGAGUUGGAUCAGGCCUAUAAUUUUUAACCUGUUUUUUAAUCUUUUUGACACCAGGGACCAGUUUCUGCCUUCCUAAAUUGUGUCAGGGAGCUCUCAAGGGACUAGUGUUGGCCCAUGCAUCAGGCAUUGAGAAAUACUGCUCUAAAGGAUAUAUCUCCCUCUCUCCAUAUGCAAAACUGUGGUUAUCAACAAGAGGCUCCCAAAAGAAUAUGCCCUGAAGUCACAAUCCUAAUGUCCUUGUGCAUGUUGGCCUUAAUUCAUCAAAGCAAUUAAGCAUGUGCUUAAGAUGUGUGACUUUAAGCAUCCCUCUCCUGCAGAAUACUUAAGCCUGUGUUUAAGAGCUUUUGGUUCAGUUGUACUUAAGCAUGUGUUUUAAAAUUAAAAUUCAGCACCUACUUAUUAAGUGUUUUGUUAAACAGAGACAGGAUUAUUAAAGUAUUUAAGUGCUUGGGUGGAACAGGGCCUUCAAACUUGAAGUGAUUUUUGUUGGAAGUAUCACAUAUUUACAGGCUGCAGAUUGAAGCCCAGGUGUGGGUGUAAAGCAUUUUCAUGAAUUGAAGCUUGCUGAGAAAACACUGGCAAUCUGAGUUUUAGGGGAGUGACAUUCUAUGCACAAGUGUUUAGCUGGUAAGGCUAAUCUAUAGCAUGAUUUAAUAUAAUUGCAUUUCAUCUUUUUUUUAAAUAUCCCUUUCUUUUAGGCAGCACCUGAGGCCAACAAGUAUGGAAUAAUGCCAAAGGACUUUAAAAAUUUGCACAUAGGGCCAAAUCUUGCUCCUUUACCCAAACAGAAGUAGUCUCAUCAAAAUUA